AUGCAUAUACUCGUUGUCAACGACGAUGGCCCUCCGUCGAAUCAGUCGUCACCAUACGUCCAUUCACUGAUCGACACCCUCCAAAAGGCCGGCCACACCGUAUCGGUGGUCCUGCCCCAUGUGCAGAGGUCGUGGAUCGGCAAGGCGCACAUCGUCGGCCAGACCUUGACCCCGACGUAUUUCCGCCCGGGAACUCUCCACGAGGACGACGGCGUCACUUCCGAUCGGCCGUUCGACGACGGGGGCGAGGAGUGGGUCCUGAUGGACGGCACCCCGGCGAGCUGCGUGCAGAUCGGCCUCCACCACUUCUUCAAGGAGCGAGGUCCCGUCGACCUCGUGGUCAGCGGGCCCAACUACGGCCGCAACACCACCGCCGUCUUCGCCCUGUCCAGCGGGACGAUAGGCGGGGCGAUGGAGGGCGCCAUGAGCGGGGCGAGGAGCGUCGCCCUGUCCUACGCCUUUGACUCGAGGGAGCACGACCCGGACGUCAUCCGCGCGGCGUCGGAACUGAGCACGCGAUUGAUGGAGAAGCUGGUCGGCGAGUGGCCCGACGACGUGCACCUCUACAGCAUCAACGUCCCCCUCCGGGAGGACGUCGGACGGAACAAGAUCGUGUACACCGAGAUGCUGCAGAACCGGUGGCUCACGGGCAGCUCCUUUGAGGAGUUGCCCCCGGAGGAGGACGACCACGACCCCAACGCCGACGAACAAUUCAUCCGGGAGGGGGGAGAGGGCCACGCGGAAGCGCUGCCCCCCCGAAGAUUGCACCGCAGGUUCAAAUGGGCGCCCAAUUUCCAGGACGUGCGGAAAGCCGUGUCCGACGCCCAAAAGGGAGACGGAUGGGAGGUGUUGCAGGGGAACAUAACCGUCACGCCGCUGGUGGCCAACUUCUGGCACUUGCCUCACUACACAGGGGAAAUUAAGCUGUGA